UAUCCUUAGCCCAGAUCUAUAAUAGGUGUAGUACGCAUCAAGCCAGGGGCGAUACGUGGCAUCCCAUCCUUCCCACAUGCCUCAAAACAGGUUUUCAUACAUAUAUACCUAUAUAGUACCAUGAUUUACUUUCUCCUAUCUUAUUCCUACUUUAACCAGUUGUUGGCCGGAAUUUACUGAUCGAUUCCUCAGAACAGAAGUGGCCAUACAAAAGAAAGAAGAAGAAGAAGAAGCAUCAAGCCAUAAGAAAUUGAUUAAUCACAGUUAAAUGAUUGUGUGAUGAUAUUCAAGAUAAUUCCAUUUUGCGAAGAGGUAUUCCUGUCGCUCAUUCUGUUUAUGGAAUUGCUAACUCACUAAGCGCUGCAACUUAUAUAUUAUUUAUUGCUUUGGAAAGAGUUGUUAAUUUGCAUCCUGCAAAAACAGAAAUCGGAAAAAGGAAGAAAUAAAGAAAAGGAAGGUUACGUCGUGAUAUACUGUGUUUGAUAGCGGACAGAAAUCCAUAAAAGAAGAAGCAAAAGAUAUACUUGAUACAUGGCAUAAACAGACGAGGUGUAUUCUUGAUUGUUGUUGUAACACAAGUUCGUUGGUUGGUGAUAUGAUGAUGCCUGGAAAAACUCCAGUACAAGAGAAUCCUUUAGGCCUGUCUUGGCACGACAGUGCUUGGAUUCCUGUCCUUAACCCAAGCAACAUCAUGGAUUACUUUUCUGAAAGAAGUAACCCGUUUUACGACAGAACUUGCAAUAAUGAGAUAGUAAAGAUGCAACGUUUGAGUCCUGAUCAAUUGACCAAUAUGACUGGUUUGGAAUAUAUUCUUCUGCAUGUGCAAGAGCCAAUUCUGUAUGUGAUUAGGAAACAACACAGACAUUCGCCGACUGUAGCUUCACCAGUCGCUGAUUAUUACAUUAUAGCUGGUGUUGUGUAUCAGGCUCCAGAUUUAGGAUCUGUUGUGAGUUCUAGAUUGUUAUCCACAGUUCAUCAUCUACAAUCCGCUUUUGAAGAAGCUAGCUCCUGCUCGCGAUAUCAUCCUAGUAAAGGCUACUUUUGGGAUUUCAAGAAUGGCAAAGCUUUAGCCGCAAAGAAAGAAACGCCGGUACGCGAGGAACCCAGCUCGUUGUUUCAACGGCAGAGAGUGGAUAUGUUACUUACGGAGCUCACUCGUAAAUUUCCCUUACCAGUGCCAAAACCAGUACACCAAGCAACGGAAGUUUCUACAGAGAUUAAGCAGGAAGUGAAGACUGAGAAAAAAGAUAUGAAACCACCACCAGAAAAGAAACCUAGAGUUUCUUAAUUAAUAAUAAAUAAAGAUAGAUUUAAGAUCUUGUAUAAAAUUUUGCUGAUUUGUAAGAUACUAAUGAAUAUUUUAUUGGAUAUAUAUUCUUUAAGGCAACAAUAUAUUUAUCUUCAGAAUAUA